AUGGAAGAACCGACACUUAAAAGGCGUAACCAACGGAAGGAAGGUUCUCACCCUGUCCCCGACAUUGUUCUCCGACGAUCCUGGGCGAAAGGGGCUUUUCUUUCUUUCUUCAAUCGUUCCGAUCAGGACAAGGAUUUUACCGAUGCUGAGGGUAGCUUGUUGCUUACCAAGCCACCCACUUGA